AUGUCUUUAAAAACAUUUUCAUCUACUAAUUUGGCAUUUACUUGCUUCAUCGCCCUCUUCACUUUGGUAUUCUUAACUAAGGCUUGUCCUGUGAGUAACUGCACUUGUACGAUCUCUGUAAUAGAUUGCAGAAAUCUUAAACUAUUGAAAAUACCGGAUGGCAUUCCAAAUACUACUGUUGUGUUGGAAUUGCAAGGGAACAAAUUAACAAGCUUACCUUUUCAAGUCUUCGAUGAUGUAACAUCUUUAGAAGAUUUUGAUUUAAGCGGGAAUUAUCUAAGUGCGAUAAAUGAAAAUAUGUUAAAUGCUAAAAGUGGCUUUAUAUCCCUGAAAAUUUUGGAUAUCAGCAAAAACAAUCUAGUGUUCGACUCUGAUAAUCUUGGUGGAAUAUUUGAGCAUGUGCCCUUAUUGGAAACUUUGAACUUGAACGGAAACCCGAUCCAAACUAUAGAAAAAGGCUCUUUUGGAGAGUCUCUAGGUUUGCAGAUGAUAAUUGUAUGGCUACUGUUGAGACCAUAUGACCGCAUUAUCCUACAAAAUUCGCAACUUGUAUGUCGUAAUCCAAAUAAUUUACGCGGAAGGAAUAUUGGAAAAUUAAGUAACAAAGACUUUACAUGCGAUAAAUCACAACGUAUUCCGAUAAUAUUAACGGAACCUCCAGCACAAGCGAUAGCUGUCAAGGGUGAGCAAAUUCCAAUCAUGGUUGGUUUUCGUAUAGUAGGCCAAUUGUCCGCUUACCAAUGGUUUUGGGUGAAAAAUUCGAGCCGCUUAUCAUCCGACAACCAGAUAAUACUUUCAAAAAUGCCCAAUAACCAUUGUAGAAAUGAUACCGAUACAGAUAGUUUAAAGGACUUUACCGCUCAGUUAACACUAAAGCCAUUGAAUCACGAUAUCACUGGUCUUUACUUUUUUGUUAUUACUAAUAAGUUUGGAAAAUCAAUUUCAUCUGCAAAAACAAGGGUAAUUUUUGCAGAAUAUCCAAAAUUCGAAUCUACAUUUACCGAUCUCACUUAUCGAAUUGGAGAAGAUGCAGUCUUAAAUUGUAGAGCAUCUGGGUUUCCAAAUCCUAACAUAACAUUUACGAAAAAUGGUAAUAUUUCAGUAUCGCUCUCUCACAGAUUGAAGUUUACCGUGCAAGGAAUAAGAAUUGUUAAUGUAUCAGUAGCUGAUAUGGGAGAAUAUACUUGCACUGCAGAAAAUAUUGUAGGUUCCAUUUCUCAAUCAUUGCGUCUCUCAGUUCUAAUGAACCCAAUAUUCACUAAACCAGCACCAAAAUACAUGGCGAAUGUCCUGGUAAAUGAAGCUAUAAUUUUAGAGUGUUUCGUAGCCGGCAGUCCAUUCCCAAAAAUAUCUUGGUUAAGAAACGGUACUGUUAUUACAAGAGAUAGAGCAGCUUAUUACGACAGGGGUCAGACACUGAUAAUAAGAUCAGCUACACCUGAUGACAAUGGCGAAUACUUGUGUCGUGCUACAAAUGCCAUCGGUAGCGUGAAAAGGACGACAAGAGUGACAAUAUUCCUUCCGAAUGGUUUUUCCUUGCCUGGUAGUGAGAGAAACCCAUAUCUGACAAUCAUUAUUACUGCAUGCACCUGUGUUUUCGGAACCUCUCUCUUAUGGGUAUUCAUUUUAUCCUACCGCGUAAGAUUGCUCCGUAAAGAAAUUGAAACAAGUAAAUCGUCAACGUUUCUGCCCUUACACAGCUAUACAAUAGGUAACGGUAGCAUUUCUAAACACAACUUUGAAACAGCGGCCGGAAAAACAAAUUACUCCGAAAGACAUUGCAUAACAGCGGCAGGUUAUCAUAUCGCUUCCGAAAAUAGUGAUGACACCAUCGAAAUUAUCGACUAUGCUAGUCAAGGAGUUCCAGGAUCUAAUCUACACGAUAUCACUAGAAAUUCCACAGGUUCAGAUAUAAUUAUUCCGGAGCAAAGUAUGCCCGGACCAGAGCCAUGGAUAGCCAGUAGGCCUAGAAAGUCAGUAGAAGAUCGCGUAUAUAGUCAAAUGCCUGCUAACUCACAAUUUAGGGAUAUUGUACGAGCUAAACCUUUGCAGGUGGUAACAAUUUAUGAUAAAAUUUCGUUAAGCGAACAUUCUACAGAUAACAAGAAUGAUAUAGAUCAGGGCAACAGCAAGGAUAAUAUGCAUGUCUUUACAAAGAGUAAAGAAUCUUUGAAAGAAAGUGAUGACGAGUGUCAAGAAAAUUCAAUGCAAUCGUCUCUAACCGAUCUCAGUCAGAAAUCAUUAACCGAAAGUAGACUGCACGCUGGCUCUUUGACUGAAUCCGCUCUAGCAAGAUGUUCCGAAAACGGAAGCAACAGCGUAGGAAAAUUAAAGAUUAUUCAGAACCUAAUAACCGAAGUCGUUGACGGAAUACCAUCAACUGAAGUAUAAGAAGUGAAAACUUAGCCUUGUAUCAGAUAAACAGUACGCUAGAUCAUGUAUAUAAAUAAACCAUAUAUCUAGAGAAAUAGUUUUAUCUACUUAAAGUUUAUAUAUAUAUUCGAAAUUAAUGUCUAUUUUCAGUAAGAACAGAUUUCAAGUACAGAAAAGGAGAAUUGUUUAUAAUAGUUUUUGAUAGAAUCAUCGUAUUAAAAU